GAAACGCGGACACUGAUUCUCUCCACUUGUUGAUCGGGAGGCGGAAAACGUGGGAAUCAAGACUCGUUUGUGUCUGAGAAUAAUGGCGAUUUGUUGCUCCUCCGUCACUGGAUUCGAGAUGCUAUUUGAGCCGGUAUCCAGGCAACAGACUGAUUAGAAGAAGAGGGAUGGAAUGCGGAUUAAAAACGCGCGGUCAUUGCUGUAACCUUUUUUCGGGUCUGCGCUGGUUCCGAUCGUUCAGCGUGAUGAACCGCGAACUGCGAAGGGCCACGAGGGACCGAGCGGCAGUCGCGUGCUAGUGGUUGAUGAGCGCGUUUCACCCGGGAGGCCGCGUCGGCUCGUGCGGCCCGUGGUUGCUUGGAGACGGAGGAGCGAGUCGUGCACGAGCGCAAACGGAUCGCGGUGUGAAACUCCCACAUGACUGAUUGACGGCAGGGGAGCCAGAGUGCAAGCGUCUGGUUGCUGGAGCUGCCUGGGGGGGCUGUCGUCCUGCUGAGGUCCCCUAGUGUCCCCUGCCUGUCCCUCUCUCCUGGGGGACCCAUGGCGUUCUGUCUGGCGGAGCUCCACCUGUGGUCCUGCAGGAGCAGUCUGAAGGUCGCAGACACGGACAUCGGGACCUACCAGUUCUACGAUAAAGGAGAACCGGGGGGUCCGGAGGAGCACCACUUCUACAGGGAGAAGCAGCAGUUUGCCGAAGCCCGCGGCUACACCUGGACCCCCGGCAACCAGCGGCCCGAGAAGCUGCGGGACUCGCUGAAGGAGCUGGAGGAGCUGCUGCAGACCAGCACGUGCGUCCACUGCCGAUGGAGGAGCAAGCGCUCCUGUCAGCUGCUCCUCAACUCUGGGCUGCUCAUCACCCUGAACCUGUCCGGACCGCAGCUGGACCGGGUCUUUGUGGACCGGACCCUUGUGGGCCGACUCCCAGGGUCCAGCAUCAGCGACGCGGUGAUGACGGACCGCCUCCUCCUCCUCACCUUCACCGAGAAGAAUCAGGUGUGUCUGGUGCACCUGAGCCGCCACGUUCAGGGCUCCCCGGAGCUCGGCCCCCGGUUCGAGAAGCUCUCCCCUUCAGAGCUGAAGGUGUGCUGUGUAGAUCUGCCCGGUCUGCCAGGGAGACGGCUGGACCGCCGCGUCCAUCUCAACAGCGUGCAGGACAUGGCCCUCUGCUGGUGGGCGGCGGUGGACAACGAGGCCUGGCCCUGGUCCCCGGUGUCUAGCCAGGAGGACCGCGCCAAUCUAGUGCUGCUGGCCUGUGGAGUAGGUGCUGGAGGGGGGCUCAAGGUGCUGAGCUGCGUCCGGACGGAGGGCGACCCGCUGGACUGCCGGUUCAGCCUGCGGCAGCCGUACCGAGUCCUGACGGCGGAGCUGGCCGAGGGCGGGGAGUCGGUGCGCAGCUGCGCGUACGAGUGCGCGCGCGGGCGACCCCAGCGCCUGUCGGCGGACCGGGUGCCUGUGGCGGCGCGCCCCGUGUCCUGCAGCCGCGACCCCGGCGAGGGCAGGCUGCUGCUGGGGCUGCGCGACUCCUCCCUGCUGCUGGCCGACGGUGGGAGCGGGCGCCGGGUCGGGACCCGGACCCCCAUGUUGCCCUCGCUGCUGGCCUGGCACCCGACGGGGGCGCUCUUGGUGGCGGCCGGCGCUCAGGGCGAGCUCCAGUGCUUCGACGCCGGCCUGACCCCCAUGGGCUUGCAGCUGCUGACGGAGGACUCGGCCCCCCCCGCGGGCCCCACCCUGCAACUGUCCCGGCACCUGCGUGCCGCGGAGGGGCUCGCGGGCCUGCGGUGGGCCGCGGCCGCGUCUCCGCCCGGCGCCGGGGCCGACGCCCCCGAGGUGCACGACCUGCUGAUGCUCGCGUUCCACGGCGGACCCCUCGCAGCGCUGCGCUUCCGACUGGGAACCCUCACCGGCGGCCAGCUGGGGCCCGCCGAGCUCGUCCGGCAGAGGCUACGCUACGGCCAGGCAGGGGCGGCGGUGGAGCUGUUGGGCACCAUGGACUGGAGCAUAGCGGGAGCCGAGUGCUACGGGAUUCUGGCGACCAUCAUGGACCAUCUGUUUAGGGUGGAGCUCGACGCCGACGCGGAGGCUCAUAUGGAGGCGGCCCUGGGCACCUUCUACGCCCCCCGCAGGCCGUUGUCCCAUACGGUGGUGCUCGAGUACCGAGAUCCCAUCUGCAAGUACGCCCGCAGGUUCUUCCACCACCUGCUCAGACACCAGCGCUUCGAGAAGGCCUUCCUGCUGGCCCUGGACAUCGGGGCCAGAGACCUCUUCAUGGACAUCCAUCACGCUGCCCGCGAUCGGGGAGAAUUGGUUCUGGCCCACGUGGCGAAGCGGAAGGCGAAGGAGAUCGACGCCGAACCGGUGGCCGGAGGAGAGGAGGAGCCGCGUUUACAGGGAGGGAAGAAGUACGGAGUGGAGUCUGCGCAGCCCUGGAGCGGGUCCUCGGAGGGGUCACGUCUCCCUGGAGGCUCCGCCAAAACCGUGGCUCCUUGCAGCAGCGCGUUCGGAGGCAGCUUGGACCAGCAGCAGAAAGGGACACGUCCAGAGGCUGUGACAGCAGACCCCACCUGGCCUUGGAGGAGAGCAGAAACGGACCUCGUUGACGGCGAAGGACAGGCACCUGGGGAAAGCGGAUCUCUCAAAGUCGUUCACUUUGGUUUGGUGUGAGCCAGAUUUGGCCCCGAGUCGUAAGCGUAAGGGACUGGAAACGGAGCGGAACGUCAGCGGAGCGAACGUGUAGAGAGACACGGAACGACGUCGGGGAAAGGAGCUGAACGCGCACACGUGCCAAGAGACAAAGUAAAAAAAAAUAAAUAUAUAUAUAUAUAUAUAUACACACACACACACAUACGGUACAUAUGUGUGCGUGUAUAUAUGGAAAUCAUGUAAUUAUAUAACACGUAACCCUGUUUCUCUUAAUAUACUGUAUUUUAUCUUUUUGUAACUAUA